AUGCAACCAUUCCAGCCGCAAAAAAAGAAGAAAGCUGGUCGCCCCCCGAAGAACCGUCGAAGGAGAAGUCAUUCUCCAACUGAAAAGAGUGGCAAGAAUCGUUCCAAGGAAGAACAGCAAGAGUAUGAUCACAAGAACCCUCCUCCUCUCACUCCAGUGCGGCCACGUGGAAGACAACCUGCCCAGCCCAACUCUCCACCACGGACUUCAGGCACUGGAUCCAACACCAACCGGUAUGGUGCCUUGGAGGACCAGGACGAUGUCAUGUCUGUUUCAGACGCCUCCACGAGGACUGAAAGAAGUGGCAUGUCCUUGGAUGGCUCCAACCACUCGAACCGAUCCAACCAAUCAACCCGCCGAUCCACCCGCCGAAGGAGCCUCAGUCUUGAAACCGACGAUGAUGAUGCCGAUUUAGAGGAUACUCUCUACGCUGAUAGUCGGGAAGAUGACAACGAUGUUGAUGCCUUUAUGGAAGAGAAUGAUCCGGAUCAAAUCCUGGACGAAGCCUUGGAAGAACAGAACGGCUAUCCUGUGCUUCAAAGCGAAGUGGCUCGACGCAUUGCCAUUGCUUACAUGUUUGUGAACGUCUACGACAUGACGGACGACAAGGAUCUUUGGAAAAAACAAGGCAACAUUCAUGCGGACAUCUUGAAGGCACUUCGCAUUCCUCCAGGCAAUGAUUACCGUUAUGUGUUUGAAAAUGUCUUGGAUUGUCACGCCAAAGGCAAGACUUACACUGGAGGGCGCCAGAAGCUUGGCCGGACUCGUCCACCCAAGAUUGAAAUUGAUGCGGCUGAAGCUCAGAUCGUUGGUGACACCUUGGAGGACGGAUACAGUCUUGCGCAAGCCCAUCGUCGUGUCAACAAACACCGCGACGACGAAGACUUGGAACCCCUUUCGUAUUCGGCUGUCUAUGGCGUAUCAAAGCGCCUCAAACCUUUGGUGUCUCCGAUCAAGAAGCUGAAGCAGGGAAACCGUGACAAGGCAUCGGCUUGGGCCAAAGCAAGACUCAACUGGUGUGCGCAGCUCCUCUGCCGAUUGGGCCGUCGUCACUUGAUCCCUGAGGAAGUCAUGGAGUAUUUGAAAGACGAGAAUGGGGAUCUUCCCGAUUGCUUUGACGAAGAGAAGUUGAAACCCUACGAGUUCAACAUCGCUCAAGUUUGCUGGUGGGAUGAGACGCAUAAAGCCUGUGCUAUUGGGGAUGCGACCGUCCAAGCUGGCAGGAAGUUUCAAGUCAAAUUUCCACGUAAUGAGAACGGCAAGAUUGACUUGGAGAACGGCAAAUACAAGGAAGAGGACAAGUCUUUCCUCCAAGUCAAGUACGACAAGGAGAUCCGCAUUUGUCCUGGUUGUGUCUACUUUGGCGACGAAGAAGUCAACCCUGACAAAGAUGGCAAUAAUGUCAACGACAGCAAGACCGAAUUGCUCGACUACUUUGACUACAGUGGCAAGAUCAUGCUUUCGAUCAAAGAUUACAAGACGAAGAUCAACACUGAGAUUGGCCGCGUCAAGGGUCUCAAGAGCGGAAAGAGCUCUGGUUGGGUGACUGAUGGACGGGAGGAUGGAGUCAUCUACCAAGGUGAUGACGUGACCGCAUUCAAUGGAGUCGCUGGUGCCACUCAGGGCAAGUUGAACAACCACGGUAUCUACACUGUCAGGGAUGUGCUUGAGCUUCCAAGGAACUCGGCACAGGAAAAGGCUUUGCUCAAGGAGCCCGGUAUCAAUAGGAAUCUUUUGACGAAGUGGCAGGUCUCUGUGCAGCUGAGUGCAAAACCUGGUGAUCCGCCGGAUGGUAAUGACUAUCGGAAGGCGGAGAAUCCCUAUCAGGCUCGCUAUGGUCAAGGCUGGAUGUCGAAGAUCAAGGAAGUCUCACAUUUGUCACCAUACUGUUGUGUCACUGACUUGGUGGAGCACAUUUACCUGAAGACCAAGCAUUUCUAUGAGUCUCGUCAUCAUGAUUUUGGGAACAAUUGGUACUUUUACCAUGACGCAUUGUCCCUCAUGACGGCCAAGGUUACGGUCAAGUGGAUGAAGGAGAAGGGAUACUACAAGCAUUGGUUGUUGCCUGUUUUGGGUGUCAACAUGGAACCGGAGCUCAAGCGUUAUUCAAAGGCACCGGUCGGGAACUCGCCAGAAUUGAUGCCGUGGGAUUGCAGCCUGAAUAAGGACUUGAUGGAUUCGCUUGCUUAUCACUGCUUGAUGACGUCUCACAUGAAGGAUGAAGAUUCCCGCAAGUUCGACAUUAGCACUCCAAAGCGAGGCACCGAUGCUCUCCGCAGAAUCUACAAGGUGGGGAAUCCGACUGGCAGGAGGAUUCGUCAAGAUGUGCUCAAAGUAUUGGACGCGCUCAAGGCCAUCGUCGAACAUUGGGGCUGUGUUGUUCCUGGACUUGGUGAUCGAAAGGGCAAACGGCAACAGGUUGCUAUUGAUAUGCUAUGGAGGUUGGGAAACAAGAACAAGAGGGGCGGUGCCAGGACGAAGAAUUUGGAUCCCAACAAGUACAAAUACAAGGGCCGCAUCCAUGCCGACGCAGUGGCUGGCGAGGAUGAGAAGAUCACAGCCUCUCUGGUCAGCGAAAACACCACAUCACCCCUCUCUUCUUACACCUUGAAGGACAUUAUCCAGCCAAAAGCAGCUCCAUCGCUGAAACCAACUCUGACGAUUUCAACGACACGGUAUGUAUGAUACAUGUACGUGUACAUAGUACUCUGAGUAUGAUGUAUUGGUACAUUGGUACCGGCGGUACCAGUAUGCAUACAGCAGAGUACUCGAGUGCGGGAACGCGGGAACUAUUAAUACCGGUAAAGGGAACAGGGAAUUUGAGGACGUGAGUGCGAAACCAACUCGGGGAAGUCGGCCUUCUCCUUUUGCCAGGUGGAUCGAAGAAACUGUGUUUCAGUUUACCAGAACAAGUGUCUAUCGUAUGUGCGGCACUUAAUGCCACGAUAUCCCCCAUUGUCUCCUGCAGAUUCUUCCAGAGCAAUCCUAUGCAGCAUUCAUUUCUUCAAGCAUGAUUGAAAGUUGCUGUGAGUUGAGCAGUCUGUUGAAAAUGACAUUGUGCCAGUCUUUGAAAUUUUUAAUGACAUUGUUCAGGACUCCUUGGAAGGUGACAGAAGCUUGGAAGCUCUUUGAAGCAUUCUUCUGCUUUCUGCUGCACCCAAUAAGUUCAUGCUGUCACCUUAGAGCUGCGAGCCAGCGCUUUGCGGUCUGAGGACACGGAAACCGAUUUUAAAUCUGAGUUUACGAAGAGAACCCAUACCUUUUGUAAGACUGCUCUGCUGCCUUUCCCUUGAAGUUUUAGUUUUACAGCCCCCAUUUUGAAAGUGAAUCUGUCCAGGCCAUCUUACACUCUUUUAUAAGAUUAAUUGUUAUGAACACGUAGGGUGAGGACUUGACCCCAUCUGGCUACAACUCUGAGCUCUGAGAGUGUUACUUCUAUGUUUCCUUAAUCAGCUAGCUAUUCAGUCUUAGUAAAUACUGAUUGAUGAACU